ACUCAGUCAGCUGAGCCAGGCUGUUCUGCUGGCUCUACCUCUCCGCAGGUGUUCCCAGUUGACCGGUGGGCGGGGCACACACGCCGGGAUUGGUUCAGCAGCAUCUUGCCACGCUACAAGAACUGCGUGCGGACAGCAGGAGGAUGCCAGAAUGUUAUCAGUCGUUGGCUUCACCCGAGUGCUCUCGUCAGAUCCUCCUACGGGACUCCCUCUCGAGUAUACCUGUCGCCCCGAGCUCCUCUGGUUCCUCCGCUGUCCCAGAACGUUCGAUCAACGACGCUGCUCAGACCCCCGCUCCACCUACACCCUCCCCGGUCCCUGAAGCACCUGCCACCGUCGUACGUCACGCUGAGUCCUUACCGUCCCCUCCCGGUCCGGUCGCCGCGCCCGGUGUGAUUCACCGGGCCUCGUUCCCGUUGUUACCUCUUCGCCAUUUGGGCUGUCACACCAUUUGCCUCGCAAAUAAAUCGUUGAACUGAUCUCUGCUGCCGAGUGGUUCUCUGCAUGUGGGCCAAACAUUUAAAGCCAGU